UCCGUUGUUUCCAUAGAAACCAUGUUCACGAUCUCAAACAAAAAAGCCCAACACGCUUGAAAACUGUGUAGCUAUAACAUACGUUUUAAACCCCCUUGCCGGCGUUGAAAGACACAGCCAACCCAUAGUCACUGCUGUGGGCUGAAUGCUUGGCUGAAGCUGAAAGGGAUCCUCUCUGAAGCCGAGAUUGUGCCAAGCCAACAUGGUACAUCUGACCGUAGAUCUGAUUGCUAAGUCUAGAAAGCACUUCAAAAAGAAAAGGGGCCUCUCCUUCCCAGAGUACCUCAAGACACUCACCCACCUCCACUUUUCUAACAAGAAUAUUGAAGAUAUUGGAGAUCUUUCAAUGUGUACAAACCUCACCGUUCUUUACCUGUAUGAUAAUAACAUCACUUACAUUGGCAACCUCAGCUUUGCCUCCAACCUCACGCAUCUCUAUAUGCAGAACAACAGCAUAACCCAUAUAGAUAAUCUGCACAAUCUGCAGAACCUCUCUAAACUGUAUCUCGGGGGGAACAAAAUUGCUGUGGUGGAGGGCUUAGAGCAGCUCCAUCAGCUCAAAGAGCUUCAUGUGGAGAAUCAAAGACUGACACCGGGGGAAAAGUUGCUCUUUGACCCCAGGACUCUCGACUCCCUCGCUGAAUCUCUGUGUGUCCUGAAUAUUAAUAACAACAACAUCGAUGAUAUCAGAGACCUGGCGGUGCUGAAGGAGCUCCAGCAUUUUUCUGCUGCAGACAAUAAGCUGUGCAGUAUUGAGGAGCUAGAAGAUGUGUUCAGCCACUGGUCUCAGCUGUUUCUAAUGGAUUUGAGUGGAAAUCCUGUGUGUAAAAAACCAAAGUACAGAGACCGCCUGAUAACCGUGUGCACAAGCCUCGAGGCUCUUGAUGGAAGGGAGAUUAAUGACUUAACCAGAGAGUUUCUUAUUAACUGGAAAGCAUCCAGGGAGGCCAAGAAGAAAAAAAAUAAUAAGCAUGAUGUCUGGAGCACUCAUCCCUUAUUCUCUAACAAAUGAAUUUAACAUGGGUCAGGAUCUGCAGCCUGGUCACAGCCACGCUAACAUGCAGAGGUGGAAGCCACAGCAGUCUCUCAGGGCAGAAAAAUUCCAGUUUCUGUAAAUAGCCUUGAUCUUUUAGCUGUCUCAUCAGCUGCCUGCAGUCAUGUGGUUGCUUUAAGACAAACCUACAAGUGCACCAAAAUCUUCACCCACGACUAACCGUGCUUGUGCCUUGUUUAUCCAUCUUGAUUAUUAUAUCUGCAAAACUGCAGGGAACUCAGAGUCACUGCAGCUUCCUUCACCUAUGGCAUGUUUUUACAGCAUAUUCUAAAGUGAUUUCAUUAUAUUGAAAUAAUAAGUAACUAAAAUUAAUAACCAUUGUGGGGGAAAAAUAAAGACAUUUAUUUAAUGUUUUUUA